AUGCCCGAAUUUACCGAAACCACCAAUACAUUCCUCGACGCCGUCAAGAGCCGUCGCACCUAUUACCAGCUAAAUAAGGAUCUCGGCUUUCUCACACGCGACGAGAUCCAGGAGCUCGUGACAGAGACGACACUCCACACCCCUUCCUCCUACAACUCCCAGUCAAACCGCCUGCUCGUCCUCUUCGGUGCUGAGCACGACAAGCUAUGGGAUAUCGUCAGAGACACCCUCAAGGCCAUCGUCGCCCCCAACAGCUGGCAGCACACCGCCGACCGCAUCGCGGGCUUCAGGGCAGCCGCAGGCACGAUCCUCUUCUUCGACGACCAGGACGCGAUCAAGAAGAUGCAAGAACAGUUCCCCAGAUACGCCGACAACUUCCCCAUGUUCGCGACCCAGAGCCUGGCCAUGCAGCAGUACAUCCUCUGGGCGACGCUCGAGACGGAAGGGCUGGGCGCCAACCUGCAGCACUACAGCCCCCUGAUCGACGACAAGGUCGCCGCCGAGUGGGAUAUCCCCACGAGCUGGAAGCUGAAUGCCCAGCUUGUCUUUGGCGGCCGUGCCGGGGAUCCUGGUCCGAAGCAAUUUCAGGACGUUGAAGAGCGCGUCAGGUUUUUCGGUCCUUCAAUUUAA